AUGUGGAGGAAGGCUUCUGUAGCAGCCCUGCUGGCGUUAGCUGUUGGCUAUCUUUACCAUGGCAGUCCGGAGCUGCCAGAGCAGGUCCUACAGUACAUCAGCCUGCCAAACUUCCAGCAGCCAUCACAGAGUCAGAGCGGCCAGAGCAGCCAGACCAGGCAGACCAGUCUGGAGGAGGUGAUCUCCUCCGCCUGGGAGACUCUGAUCAGUCUGCCCAGCCGGCAGUGGAGCAAAGUGGCUGUGGGGUGAGUCAGAAAAUCAAAGUGUUGGACUGAAGGAGAGAGAUGCAGGUCCUUCUUUAGUCACCGUUGCGCAGCUGGAGUUUAUAUUUAUUUCUGCUGGAGUUGCUCUGCUGUAAACGCAGGCAUGUUGAGAGGCUGUUUUCAGCCCGGCUGGUGAGGAGGAAUGUGUGAUCAGGAGCUCAGAUGGCUGCUUCCAAGACUUGAGCUCUCGAGUGAGUUAAAUUACCGUCUAUACCUAUCACAUAGCCUACAGACGGCUGCUCUCGUAUGGCCAACACAUGCGAUCUGUGUCAUUGAGAGGUGGAGGCAGGUGAUUGGGUGAGCCUCAGGGACGGCCUACCAGAGGGAUGGACAGACUGCAAACACAGAGGAGGCUUGAAGGAGAGGAAGUUAAAGGGGGUGGUGAUAAUAUUUAUAGUCAAAGUGAAAAAGGAUCUCGUUCCAACAUGUUUAAAAGUUUUAAAAGGAAGAAUAAGUUGCUGGCAGUGAGAAAAAGGAGAGACUGCAUCAGUGAAAGUCCUGUUAGUAAGCACAUCCAUAGAGCUAAAAGUGCACUUUCAUUUAACGGUCAUAACUUUUGUCCAAAGGCAGAUCUGGUGUGAAAAAAGAUUCCCACGAUGAGUAGACAGAGAAAAACAAGAAGAUUUUCACACGACUGAGAAACUUUCCCUCUUUCUUUCAUCACUUUUUAAUCAAGCUGACUUUCAUUAUCAUGAAUUUGCAUAUUUACAGAACAAGCUGACACACUUAUCAACACUGUCCUAAAUUUGUGAUAGCUGCUCGUCUUCAGGUUUCUUUUUUUCCACAUUAUAGAAAGAGCUUCAGGAAACAUGUGCAUGUCCUCUUUUCUGUUUUGACUAGAAAGCAGAGUUUUGAUUUAAUGAGCUGGGACAGGAAACUUCGAGGGAAUGAGCUAAAGUAUCGUACCAACCAAAACAUGAGACGUCUUUUUUCCCCUUAAGAAAUCUUAAAAAAAAACAGAGUGUGGGGUCCAAAGAGAGCCGGCACAAGAAGAUGAUCUUAAAAAGCGUGUUUGAUUAUGUUUCCAAGAAAUAAAUCCUACUACUCGAGGUAGCCCUAUUAGUCAGUCAGGGUGAUUGAUGUCUGCGCUCACAAGGCAAAUUGAAGAAUAAUAUUUGUAGACACUACAGGCAGCAUCAUCUGUGUAGCUGCUGUGUUGAGCAACAUUAAUGUCCACUUAAAUAAUCACACAUUUUGCAUUUCCAUUAAAGAAUUUAAAAGUGUGAUAGUUUUACAGGAGACCUUUUAAGGGUUAACGAUAAGUACCAAACUUACUCUCAGGACUGGGCAACAGAUGAUUUGUUUUGUUCCUGUAAACAGCUUAUGCACAUUGAAACAUCAUUAAAGGACACUACAUAUACUUAUAACCCAAUCCUAGGGCUGGGCAAGAAACUGAAAAUUUACAGAUACUGAAAUUGACAACAAUAACUGACCUCGUUUUACAAAUGUCAGUAUGUUUGGUGUCAAAAAAAUUGAAUAUACUCAUAGCCCGAUCCUAGGGCUGGGCGAUACACCGAAAUUUACAGAUACCAAAAUUUACAAUUUUGCAACAAUAACUGAUGUCAUUUUGCCCAUGUCAAUAUAUUCAGUGUCAAAAAUAUAAAAAUACUUUUAGUCCAAUUCUAGGGCUGGGCGAUACAGCGAAAAUUUACAGAUACCAAGUUUUACGACAACAACUGACGUCAUUUUGCCCAAAUCGAUAUAUUUGGUGUCAAAAAAAUAAAUAAAUCAAAGUUGGUUUUGGAUGUGUGUAGGUAGGCUAUGGUCUCAUGUCCCUUUAAGACGCUGUCCUACGUCAGAGACGUGACUCCACCCCAUCCAGUCCGUAACAAAGAGGGAAAGACAGGUGAGGAGAUGGAGGACGGUUCAAAAGUUGUAGCGGCUAAAGUAGACAAAGUUGAUGUGGGAGGGGGUGAGCAGCUUGUGGAGUAGUUAUCGUCCAAUUAUCGUUAUCGAGGUGAACUGAUCAAUAAAUUUGUGAUAUUGAUCUGAGGCCAUAUCGCCCAGCCCUACUGCAACCCUCGUUUCUCACUUAAACUCUGUGUUUCUUACGAGCCCCUGUCCUCUCCCCUGUGUUCAGGGUGAAUGCCUGUGUUGACGUGGUGGUCUCUGGAGUGGGUCUCCUCCAGGCUCUGGCUGUGGAUCCUGGAGCCGGCAUGGACCAUGAGGUGCUGCACUCCAAAGAAGACUUGAGGGAAACGUUCAUCCACUACAUGGGGCGAGGAGCGGCAGCCGAGCGCUUCUUCAGCGACAAGGAGGUGUUUCAGAGGAUCGCGCGGGCGGCAGCAGAGUACCCCGGUGCAAAGGUCAGACCAGAUCACUCUGUGAAUGUUUUAGAGGAUGAUUUCUCGUUGUUUUCUGAGGUUAGAUUUUCAUAUAUUUUCCUGUCUUGUAAAAUUCGUCUUCUUUCAGCUGUAUGUGGGAGGAAAUGCCGCUCUCAUCGGUCAGAAGCUCGCCACAUACCCUGAUCUGAUGGUACGCCCUGAUUAAAUGAAAGAUGAAGAUUAAAAAUAUGUGUGACAGUCAGUUUGAUGAUAAAAUCCUCGUGUUGGAUGUUUCUGUCCCACAGGUUUUGCUUUGCGGCCCAGUUGGACCUAAACUUCACGAGAUGCUGGACGAGCAGAUAGUUGUUCCUCCAGAGUCUCUCCAGGAAACGGAUGAGUAUCACCUCAUCCUGGAGUAUAAAGCCGGUACAGCUACGAUCAAGCUGCUCGUUUUCAUCCCUGAUUCCUCCACUCUGUACAGGAUGUGAAAUAAACAGCUGUUUUUAUUCUGCUUUCAUAACUCCAGGUGAAAAAUGGGGAUCAAUUCAGGCACCUCAAGCCAACCGCUUCAUCUUCUCUCAUGACGUCUCCAACGGGGGGAUGAGCUCACUGGAGACGUUUGUGGCGAGUCUGGAGGAGUUUGAGCCGGAGCUGGUCGUCCUGUCGGGGCUUCAUAUGAUGGAGGGUCAGGGCAGAGAGCUGUGGGAGGAGCGGCUGAAGGAGGUCAGUGGAUAAAAACUGGUCGUGUAAAGUUUCUCCACCUGUUGGUGUUAAUCUACAGAGCUGGUGUUUUUGCCCUGUAUCAUGAUAUGUGCUUAUCGUUUUUUUUAAUGUGUGGAGGUGCUGAGAGAAAUGGAAACUCGACAGGGUGAGACUAGGGAUGGGGAUCGAUAACUGCGCCCAUUCAAUACCCAUUUCAGCUUCUUUCAAAACUCGAAAAUCAACUCUGCUGUAGAGUUUUGAGGGUCCCGUGAAGUAACGUUAAACCUGAGUCAAGUCCUGUUCAUUAACUCAGUCGUAAACACUCAGGUUUUAAGAUUUUUUGGUUUCUGGUGGUCGGUUGUUUACAAGGAUGGGCAAACAUGCACAAAGGUCCAAAGUGUGUUAUAACAAGGAACCAUCAAUAAACUACCUGUUGAUGUUCUUAGAAAAGGCUGUUUCUCCUUCAACAGCUUUCAUGUCAUGUGACCAAUUGACCUAAAAUUGAUUUCAAAUAAUAGUACUUAUGUCGACCAAUAAGACAAACAUUAUUUGAUCAAUUUUUAUUGUGCCCCUAAAGUUCUUUGUGAGCUCCUUCUGAAAAAGGUUAGUGUCAAGCCCUGAACAGGUGAAGACUACAGGUAUGAAGCUCAGAGGAAGGAUCCUCACAGGAGCUCAAAAAGUGACAUUUUAUAUUUAAUAAUAGGGCUGGGCGAUAUGGCCUCAAAUCAAUAUCACGAGUCACGUCUCUGACGUAGGACAGCGUCUUAGAGGGACAUGAGACCAUAGCCUACCUACACACAUCCAAAACCAACUUUUAUUUAUUUUUUCGACACCAAAUAUUUUGACACAGGCAAAAAAAAGUCGGUUAUCAUCGUAAAUUUUGGUAUCAGUUAAUUUUCGGUUUAUCGCCCAGCCCUAGGAUUGGGCUGUAAGUAUAUUUAGUGUCAUUUAAUGCUGUUUCAGUGUGCAUCAGAGCAUUAAAAGCCAAAUAUGGCCCAUUGAUAAGAUAUCUGUCAAAUAAAACUCAGAGGCGAUAUCCUCUUCUAGUGACACACAGUGGGUACAGAGAUUGCGUUAAAUCAGUCCACAAGUGUUUAAAAGUCUUAAAUGCAGAUUUAGUCUCAAAGUUUUUUGUUGCAGUUGUUAGAAUUUCCUUGACAUGCACUCACUUUUCAAUAAGAGAUAAAAGAAUACCGAUAUGGGCAGAAUGACUUUGGUUAUUGUCAUAAAUUUCAGUUUCUGUAAAUUUUCAGUUUAUCGCCUAGCCCUAUUUAACACUAUUCUACUCUCUCUCUCUCUCUCUCUCUCUCUCUCUCUCUGUCUCUGCAGGCUGUGUCGGCCAUAUCUGACAUCCCCAAAGAUAUUCCCAUCCACCUGGAGCUGGCGAGCAUGACCGACAAAGACUACAUGAACAGCAUCAUGCAGGAGGUACAUGUGGAAUACAGAUCAGUCACCUUCACCCGUCCUUCUCAGAGAAAAGGUAGAUGUGUUCCCAAACACUUGUGGAGUUCUGUGGAUUUAAUUAAAGUUUUUCCUUCUGCUUCCUGUUAGCAGGUUAUGCCCAUUGUCAGCUCCAUCGGGCUGAACGAGCAGGAGCUGCUCUUCCUCUCUCAGGCUGGCGAGGGGCCUCACUCAGACAUGGCCUCCUGGAAAGGCGUCCCAGACGUGGGUCAGGUCAGUGACAUCCUCCUCUGGAUCUUGGAGCAGCACGGCCGCAGCGACCCUCUGUCAGAAGCCGACCUGACUCGCAUCCAUUUCCACACGCUGGCCUACCACAUCCUGGUCACGGUUGACGGGUACUGGGCGAACCAGGUUGCGGCGGUGUCAGCCGGGGCCCGGGUGGCGAGCAGUCAGGCGUGCGGGCUCCAGUCUGUGGAUGUUAGCAAAGUGGAGCUCAAAGCGCCGCUGGAGUUUUACAGCUCACACACUGAGCCCAGAGAGAAGCUGACAAUAAACCCAGCACAGCCGGUGACUGUGUGGCACCGAGGAAACGUCACCUUCCACAUGACGCCCGUGCUGGUCUGCAAACAGCCUCUGCGGACAGUCGGUCUAGGAGACGCCAUCUCAGCAGAGGGACUGGUUUACUCUGAGAUAAAAACCAAGCAGCCAUUCUGAGCCGGUCUGCUUGAAUCUGACACUCCGUUUAUCUGGAAAAGGAUGCUGGGAAGGCUUAGAGACCCUUUUAAGUGUCACCUGCUGCUGCAGACGCUGGAUUUUGUCAGACCUGUGUGUCUUGAAACCAACUAUGUGUCUUCCUUCCCAAAGUUCCUCUGAGUCUACAAAUGAUGUUGAUGGUAUUAGUUUUAAAAUCCUGCCUGAUGGGUCCUCCAGCUCUCCUCUGCUCUCCUUCCUCCGAUCCUCCGGCAGACACAGACACCGAGGCGGAGCUGCUCACACGCGGAUCUGAGCGGACUGAGGCGGAUUGACUCUAUGCACUGGGCGCAGCUCAAAGUCGCCUUCACAAACUCCAAAGAGUUUUGUCGGCUCCCCUUAAUUACUUUCACUCGCAUACCUUCAGUAUGCCGUGCCUUGAGAAAAUAAUAGAGUUAAAUAUUUUAUUCUCACUUUAGAACCAAACCAAGUUAAAGCAAAGCCUCGCACAUAAGAUCAACACACACGUAUACACACAACUGUGUUUGUCUGGAAACUCUGAAGACGUCUUACUAUAUCAUAGGAGCUAAGUGGUAUUAUCUAUGUUCCUCGUUUCUGGUGCAUUCAUGUCAAAUAGUCUCUAGAUCACUUGAAAGCUCAUUCUCUCAUAGAUGUCUGACUUCUUAACGUGUAAUAAUGCUUCUAUCUAGAGAUACUUGACUUUUGUCUUUAUUUGUCCUGUGAGGAUAAAAAUUAGAAGAGCGUAACCAAGUCUUUGUUCUGUGUUUUUAGUCAAAACACUCCCAUGUUUAGGAUGUUUAAGUCUGCGUAGCUCAAACAACACCUGUUACAUAGUCGACAUAGUCUUGUUUUUCUCUCAAACUUAUAAAUUCCUGAUCAUAUGAUGAAACUUUAUGCUUUCGAAUGCAAAAUUUAAUUUGUUUUUUAAUGCAGAUCCUCCUUUAUGCAGUAAAACUCCAUUAGCAGUCAGGCGCUAAUAAACCUAAAGGUUCUGUCGGCAGUGAAAUCUGAAAUGAAAUUUGAAAGAGGUCAGAGGUUAUCAGGGUUACUGUAUUUCUCUGUUUUUUAUUGUUUUGCUGGUGCGACUUUAAACAUUUUGCAUCCUAGGCUUAUAAAAUGUUUAUGUUUUAAAUCAUGUAUCAUGAUUGGCUCGUUAGAAACCUUAAAACUGGCCGGAGUAACAAGUCAAGUUGAUUUAUUUUCUACAAAGUUGUUCAAUGAUGUUUUUUCAUGGGUCGUUUGUUGGUUUUGUUGUUUCUUUUUCUUUUUUUUCUGACCAUACUUGGGAACGCCUGAAUCAUGUCAGAUGUACAGUAUGUAACUGUCUGAGCAGUGUAUUUGUAUACCUCACAUGGCCACCGAAGGCAUGCAAUAAUAAUGAGUCUUAAUGCAAAACAAGCAUACAACAAAAAGAUGUAUGGCGUUGUGUUUAGCAGAAGUAAUACUUUGCACUAGUGGGAAGUGGCAGGUGAGCCUGCAAAGGUGAAUGUAACCUUAACUCCGACCCCCCUGUCAUUUUAGCAAGUACAAUCUACUCCACUCUACUCAUUUUUCAUAGUUUGUGUCUCAAGUUUUUAACAUUUGUAACUCUCAAUAAGUUUCAUUUACUUUCAGUUUGUCAUUAAAAAUCUAUGGAGAGGACGUCUUGGCUUCAUUAAUUUUCACAACCCCUCAACCCAGACUCUAAACUUGGUGCGAUUUUUUUUUUCACUUUUUAAAAUACUACAAACAUGGAAAUGAAAGUAUAAGUGAUGCCAAGUAUUUGUGACGCCAAACUUUAGUAUUUAAAUUUGAGAAUAAUACAACUCAAUACAACUAUGAAAUCACAUCGACUGUCAUCCAUCCUGACAGUCAGUUGUCUUUCUGUGUUGGAACAAUAACAACUCAGGUCCAAAACAGUUUGGCAAAUGUGUAAAAUGUUUAUAUAUUAUAAAUUUGAUGGUUUGAAAAGCAUUGAAACUUUAAAUGCAUUUAAACAUGUUUAGUUUAAAAAUGACACAUCAUGAAAAGUAAUUUGAUCCCAGUAACUGCAACUGCAAAACUUUUAAAUUAUUAAUGGUAGGGCUGUGCGAUAUGGCCUCAAAUCAAUAUCACAAUAAAUUGAGCAGUUCACCUCGAUAACGAUAAAUGGACGUUAACUACUCCACAAGCUGCUCACCCCUCCUACAUUAACGUUGUCUACUUUAGCCACUGCUCCAGCCAUUACAACUUUUGUCACGUUUCUGAUGUAGGACAGCGUCUUAAAGGGACAUGAGACCAUAGUCUACCUACACACCUCCAAAACCAACUUUUAUUUAUUUUUUUGACACCAAAUAUAUUGACAUGGGCAAAAUGACGUCGGUUUUGUUGUAAAUUUUAGUAUCAGUUAAUUUUCAGUUUCUCGUCCAGCCCUAGGAUUGGGCUUGAAGUAUAUUAAGUCUCAUUUAACGAUGUUUCAGCGUGCAUAAGCUGUUCACAGGAUCAGCUUACGCACAAUUCAGGAACAAAACAUCAUGUGUAGAGCAGAAUGAAUCGGUUAUUGUAAUAAAUUUCUGUAUCUGUACAUUUUCUGUUUAUUACCUAGCCCUAUAUAGUGGACUGGAUUGGGCUUAAAGUAUAUACAGUGUCAUUUAACGCUUCAGUAGUAAAAUAUCACGUGUAGAGUAUCAAAAGUCAGCAUCAAAAGGUUUUUUGACACAGAAUAUAUUAAUAUGGGCAAAGUGAGGUUUUUUGUGUCGUAAAUUUUGGUAUCUGUAAAUUUUCGGUUCCUCGCCCACCCCUAGGAUUGGGCUUUAAGUAUAUUUAGUAUCGUUUAUUGCUGUUUCAGUGUGCAUAAGCUGUUUUCAAAUUUUGAUUAGGCUCGGUCCGGCUCUGCAGUAACAUGUUAUAAAAAGUUAUUUAACACUGUCUUGCAUUACAAUAUAAAAAUGAAGAAUGUAAAACUGUUAAAGAGAAUAUAAACUUUUUUUUAAUCACAGUGAUACAUACAUGACACUACAGAAAUGAGAACAUACUGUCUGUCCUCAUUUUUUUAUUACCUCCUACUCUUGGAUUCCUGACAAAGCGCUGUUACGCGUCUGGAUCUGAUUGGUCCGCUCAUCCUUGCUACGCAAACCAAUCAGGAUAUCGUGCGUCUUACCGUUGCGUGCUGAAGCCCCGCCCCCUCGUUGUCGUGGACGCAGCGCAGCUCGGAGCCCCGGAGCGGCCGCCGCUGCUGCAGUCUCCACCCCCGGAUACCGCGCUCCUUCCCCCCGUAUAUAAAGCUACCACGACAGUCAGGCCGUCCCCGGGCUGCUCUAUCUUCUCGUUGAUGGUGAGGCUGUGCGAGAGAAGGAUGAAGUUCCUCGUUGCUGUUACGGUCAUUGUGGGAUCAUUGAUUUUUCUCGCUUUCCCUGAUGGCUCCUCGGCGGACGAGAAGAAGAAAGGCCCCAAAGUGACUGCGAAGGUAGGCGGUAGCUUGCUAACUAGCUCUCCCUCUGGAUCAUGGAGGAAAAUCUGAGCUCUUCCUUGUUGCUAACUCGAGCUGCAGGAAAGCCACGUCACGUCCAUUUCACGGGUCAUCCUGCUGUAAUGGUGGGUUUAUGUUCAGGGAAGAUAACCUUUAACAAACGGUGAAGUAAUAUCGAUGUUCGGACAGUAAAAGGAGAUUUUUACACCCGUGAAAAGUGGGUUAGCUGAUAAUGCCGCUAAAUAACGGACCGAUCAAUGUAAUCUCAAUGAAGCUACGAGCUACUAAAGCGGGUCUGUGGGCCUGAACCGAACCGAACUGAGCCGAAGCAAUUAGACAAAAAUCCAUCUAAUCUGGACUCUUAAUUUGAGAAUGAAGUGAUUUAGCAGUCUCCUCCCCUGCCGUCUGAUGCUCUUAUAUUUGGUGUUGUGUCUGGAGGUUCGUCCACGUCCACAGUCACAUGAACAGCUGAUCCCCAUGAGAUCAGGAAUUAUUCAGAUCUUUAGUUAGAAACACUUUGGUAAAAUAUGCAUCUGUAUGACCCCAUUUCUAAAGGUACCAUGCUUCAAAGUAGUCUGGUCCCCCUUUGUGUUUGUUUGAGCAUCUGCCAAACAUGACCGCAAUAGAUUAACUGUACUUUACUGUAAAAGGAAAAGGCAGCAAAAUCCUAGAGUCCAAAUGAAGACAAGUUUUCUGUCAUUGUAAUUGCAUAUGCAGUCAUUGUUUUUGUUACUUUUUCAACAUGUUAAUUAGGGGUGGGAGAAAAAUCGAUUGAAGUAUUUUGAUUUUUUUGUUUUACAAUUUUUAAGAUUAAAGGUCCUUUCACACCAGGAGCAUUUUUUUUUUUGUUUGUUUUUUGUGCGAUUAUUUCAGAUCUCAAUAUUUUUUUCGAACCCUUAUCCUGUCAAUACAAGCGUUCACAUCAGCGACGUUUUCACCAUCCUGCGAUAUUGCGGUAUUUAUUUUUUCGUAACAUGGUCGAUUUUUCUAAAGUUUCGCAUACUGUGUGUCCACUUCUGACCAAUCAGAUUGCGUGUUGUUGCACAGCAGGUUCACCGGUAUAUCCAACAUGGCCGACCGGCUGAUUGUUUACGUGUCGCAGAACAGAGUGAUUUUUGAUAAAAAACACAAAUAUUACAAAGAUAACGACCUGAAGGACAACAUCGUGUCGGAUUUCUUAUAUGACGAUGGUUUGUGUUCUUUAACAGUUUGCUAAACGUCUAUAGCUAACGGUUGUUACCAUAGUUUCAUGUGCUUGUCUUAUCGCCUCUGAUUGGCUAUAAGUGCUGACAGUUUGGCUUGAGCGUGUGAUGGCGUUUCCAGCUUUUCUAGCCAAUCAGAGGCGAAGGAGGCGGGACUUCCCCCAGGAAAAGUCUUCUCUGGGAUGUGUUUUUUUAACCAAAUUAUAUCUCAUUUGAGAGAAGAUAUGUAAUAAUAAUCACCAUAAUAACUUAAAUGAUGAUGACAAAAAAUGUCUUGAAAGGCACAAAACUUAAGUUUGGCAGUUUUGGCGCCCCCUUUGGACAAUACAGUCUUUACUUUUCUGAUCUUCUCUAAAUUCUUAAGAAGAGUUUUUUGACAAUUAACCCAAACCUGCUGACUAAUUUAUCAUUAAUCAAUAUGUUAUUAAGAUUUUAUGCAGAAAUUAUCAAAACAGGGGCUGUUUUUUUUUUUUCAGCUGUGAGUCGAAUUUGAUGUCCAAAAAACCCUUACAGGAGCUUUAACCUGAUCGCUUUGAGGUCUAACUCAACAUUAAAAUCCAUAUUCUGCUCAGAACAGUCGAACAGCUGUGUUUUUUUCUCACACGUUCAGCAUCUCCCUGACGAUCUGUCUUAUAUGUUCGGCUUUCUAAUUCCCUGAAACUGGUGUGUCUGUCACAGACUCCUCUUUGAGAGUGGAUCAAUCAGUCCAGAAAUGACAGAGGAUGAACGUCAGAGCUCCACGUUUUAAAACACAAUUUUUGCUUUGGUGCAGCAGCAGCCUUCUCCUCUGUUUGCUGUGAUUCUUAGAUGUUUUAUUAACUUGGUAACAUUUCAUAACAACGGCAAAGCACAGCUGUCUCACUCUACAAUCACAAAGAGCUGGAUUUAAAUAAAUAAAGCUUUAAGAGGUACUGACAUCUCCAUCUCCAUUUCUUCUUACAGGUUUACUUCGACAUGAAACUUGGGGAUGAGGAGAUUGGAAGAAUCGUCAUCGGGGUGUUUGGAAAGACUGUCCCCAAAACUGUUGAAAACUUCGUGGCUCUUGCAACAGGAGAGGUGAGGACAUCACGGCUUUAUUUAGUUAUUUAUUUACAGUCAACACAGAUAAAGAUCGUGUAUUUUUGACCAUGAAUAUGUUAAAAAAUGUGACUGUUUAUGUUGUUCUUGUUUUGCUCUCGAUCGAGCAGAAAGGAUUCGGCUACAAAGGCAGCAAGUUCCACCGAGUCAUCAGCGACUUUAUGAUCCAGGGCGGAGACUUCACCAAAGGAGACGGCACCGGAGGUAAGAUACCCCCGACCUCCACCUGCAGACUGGAAUCUGUGUGGGAUUUUCUCUUCAAGUGCAAACCUGUCCCCCUGCCGUCUGAUUCAGAGCCGCCCCCAGCGUUGAAAAUCCUUUUUCAUCGAAAAGGAAAUCAAGUUUUGAGCAUGUAGAGUCUGUGUGUUCGUGCUUUAUCGUCUCUGAAGUGUUUAUGAUGAAACUACGUAUAAUAACCAACAUGAUGGCUUGUCCAUUUCCCAAUCAGAUCAGUCAUGUAUCCUGACGCAGAAGCAGAAAUUUUACAACUGAAGUAUUUUCUUCCUUUCUUUUAAAAAAAAAAUAAAAAAGGUAAGAGCAUCUACGGCGACCGUUUCCCCGAUGAGAACUUCAAGCUGAAGCACUACGGCCCCGGCUGGCUCAGCAUGGCCAACGCCGGCAAAGACACCAAUGGCUCCCAGUUCUUCAUCACCACCGCUCAGACCCAGUGGCUGGACGGCAAACACGUCGUCUUUGGAAAAGUUUUGGAGGGCAUGGUGAGUCUGAGAAGUCCCGGUCCCGCUGACAUUCCAGGGGUUAAACUGGCUGUGAUGGGAGAGAUUAAAGGUUCAGAUCCAGGGAAGGAUUUGGCUUUAAAGUCGAGUUGUCCUCAUGGUACCUUUUUAGUAUCUUUUGAAAUGCUUAAAAUAGCAGCCGGACGAAAAUAGAUCCGGGUUGUCCACUCAAGUGUGUGAUGCUUAAAAAGUAAAAUACUCCAUGAGACAGACGGAUCAACUUGGAUCUACAUUUUAACAGUUUUCCUUUUAAUGCACGUGAAUCCAAGAAAAGGCGAACCCUGUUGUAUGGAAGAGGAUUAGGGCCACAAGAAGAGAGAAAAAAUAAUUACAGGAAGGAUUUUUUUUUUAUUUCCAAUUUGAGAUUCAAGUCGAAAUUUCAAGAUUGAAGUCAAAAUUUUAAUGUCAAAAUGAAAAGAAUCGAAGUAACGUGAACAAAGUCGAAAUUUUAAUCUUAAAACAUUUUAAACUUAAUCUCAAGAUUUUAAUUUCUCUUUAUCUUAAAAUUUUGAUAUUAUUUACAACAUUUUGACAUUUUGUAAUCUUGAAAUUUUUACUUCAAUCUCAAAAUUCCAACUUUAUUUACAUAAUUCUGUUUUUUUUCUUUUUUUUUAUCUCUUAAUUUUGACUCUAAUCUCUAAAUUUUGACUUUAAUGUCUUAGGUGUCUGUACAUUUUCGGUUUAUUGCCUAGCCCUAGUUAGUGGCCUGGAUUGGGCUUUAAGUAUAUACAGUGUCAUUUAACGCUUCAGGAACAAAACAAAUCAUGUGUAGAGCAACAAAAGCCAAAUAUGGCCUAUAGAUAAGAUAUCUGUCAAUUAGCACUCAGAGGAUAUAUCCUCGUCUAGUGACAUAAAAUUGGUAAAGAGAUUGUGUUAAAUAGGCCCCCCCCAAGUGUUUUAAAGUCUAAAAUGCAGGUUUAUUUUCAAAGUUUUUUGUUGCAGUUGUUAAAAUUGACAGAUUCACAUUUUUUAAUGAGGUAAAAGAAACUGAAUCUGGAGAUGUUACUGGACUGUCAAGUCUUGAGAUUUCGUCCUCACUGAGGUGUUUUCAUGCUCUCCACGUUUGUAUCCUCCAGGAAGUCGUAAGGAAGAUCGAGAGCACGAAGACAGACGGCCGGGAUAAACCCCUGAAAGACGUCAUCAUCUUCGAUUGUGGCAAAAUCGAGGUGGAAAAGCCUUUCGCAGUGGCCAAGGAGUGAGAGCGCUGCUGGGAGAAGACGGGACUGGGGGUUGUAAAGAGGGGUGGGUUAAUCGUGCGGUCCACCUUGUUUGAUGGCGGGCAGCCCCGUGAGGUCCUGGAGGAGCGGGCUGUGGGUCAUUCAGUGUCGGCGGCUGCCGUCUUAAAGCACCAGAAGAGCGUUAACAUUGAGCAACCAUGACGACACUCUGGGUCCAUUUACCAACAAGCAUUCCAAGGUGCACUUACUGUCCGUGGUCGUUAUUUUGUAAAAAAUGGGAUCUGAAUAAAGGUUUCACGUUUUGUUAACCAG